AUGUUUAUAUUGAUAAUCUUUUCCUUUUACUCACAUGCAUGGAGUGUUAUGUGUGUCACAAUCAGGAAGGUAACAGAGAUAAAUGCAUUCGCACGACAAUGCAAUGUCUUGAGGAUCAGCUCGCAUGUAUUACAAACAUUUCUUAUACAACCUCAACAUGAUUGUGUAGCACACCAAGAGAUAACCCUGGUUCUCUACAGAUACUUAACAAUCGAUUGCUACAGAAGCCAUACUCAUCAGCAUCUUCUAAGUAAAUGGUAA